AUUAUAUAAACAACCCUGGUCUUUUCUCGACUACUGUCGAAAAUUUCAAAACCCUAAACCUUAAACCCUAAACAGUUACAUCAGAGUUAGAAACAACAAAUGACCGGAGACAGCUUAAUGUUGCCACCCGGGUUUAGAUUUCACCCGACGGAUGAAGAACUAGUUAUGCAUUACCUUUGCCGGAAAUGCGCUUCUCAAACUAUUUCGGUUCCGAUUAUUGCUGAUAUUGAUUUGUAUAAGUUCGAUCCGUGGCAACUUCCUGAUAUGGCUUUGUACGGAGAAAAGGAGUGGUACUUCUUUUCGCCUAGGGAUAGAAAGUAUCCGAAUGGAUCUCGGCCGAAUAGAGCUGCCGGAACAGGUUAUUGGAAAGCGACCGGAGCAGACAAACCGAUCGGAAAACCAAAGGCCGUUGGGAUAAAGAAGGCGUUGGUGUUUUACGCCGGUAAAGCUCCAAAAGGCGUGAAAACGAAUUGGAUAAUGCACGAGUAUCGUCUUGCUAACGUCGAUAGAUCCGCAGGAAAACGAGGCAACAAUCUCAGGUUGGAUGAUUGGGUAUUAUGUCGACUAUACAACAAAAAAGGUGUUUUGGAGAAACACGUGAACCCGGAUAUAAAAGAUGCAUCAUUUUCCGAUAUAGAAAUCGAUACGAAGCCCAAAAUCGCAUCAUUUUCUCCCAUGGAUAAAAUAUCGCCACUACCUCCUCAGUCGUCGAUACACUAUCCCGUUAUGAACGAUACAUUUAAUUUUGAAACAUCCGAGUCAAUCGUGACCUUACAUACGGAUUCAAGUUCAGAACACGAACGAGGAGAAGUCGAGAGUGAGGUCAAAAAAGGCGAGUUUCAGUUCCGUUACAUGGAUCCUUUUGACGAUUCGUUUACGAGUCAGACUGGUUACUACAACGACCUUCAACUGUCUCCAUUACAAGAUAUGUUUAUGUUUCAAAUGUAAAACCGUUUGGGCCCAAAUACCACCAUUGGAGCAUGACGUACAGUACAAGUUGAAAAGCCCGGCCCACAAGAGCAAGUGGGCUUCAAGAGUAAUAGCUAUUUUGCAAGCCCAGUUCUAGCCUAUUAGGUCCAUAUCAUGUUAGUAUAUCCGUUGGUCCCAUGUAGCAUUCUUUUAGUUUAAGGUAAUUACUAGUAUUUGUACCCGCCGCGCGUUGCGGCGGCGUACUUGACUCUUUCCGAACUAAAUUUAUGUCGAAAUAGAGUAACUGGAAUUUA